AAUCACUGGAAUCGGCUGGAAAAUGGUUCUCCUCUCACCAAAUUCACAUCUCAGUAAAUCCCUUAUCAUUGCAACCUGCUUAAUAUCUUACACCUGUGGAAACAUACCCGAAUCUGAUGACGAAGACAACGAACCCGAAACCAAGAAGGAACGUACCGUGGAACCCACCGUGUACAACGCCAGCUAUGGCAACGACUCCUCCCAGCAAAUUGCCGACUACUACUAUCCAACCACCAUCGAGGUUGAUAAAACGACCCACGUGAUCAUCCUAAUUCACGGUGGGGCCUGGAGUGGUGGACAGAAGAGCGAUAUGGAAAUCUGCGUCCCAUUCCUCCGAGAAGCGUUCCCCUCCUUCCUGAUCGUCAACAUGGACUACCGCUUAGGGACUUGGUCAUCGCCCGGUUACCCAAAACAGAUCAAGGACGUUCAAAAUCUCAUAACUUUUAUAAGGAAUCGAAUAGUCGGAAGUCGUCCUGCUUCUAACAACGCCACCGAAUUGAAAUUCACUCUUCUGGGGGGAUCUGCAGGGGCCCAUUUGGCAUUGCUGUACUCGUACAAGUACAACACCGCAGGGCAUGUAAAAGUCGUAGUUGACGUGGUUGGUCCCGUAGAUUUUACAGAUCCAGCCUACACGUUAAAUCCGGUUUAUAAUUAUAUUGCAUUCCCACUCGUUGGACCACGACUUUUUAUUCUUAAUCCGAAACCAUAUUUUGCAUCCAGUCCGGUAAAGUAUAUAACGAGUGAGUGUCCUGCAACGAUUGCGUUCUAUGGGAAUAAAGACCUCUGAUUCCAUUAUCGCAGUCACAUAGGUUGAGAGAAAAGUUGAGGAAGGAGGAGAUUCCAUAUAAAAUUGUCAUGUUUGACGGGGGGCAUUUCUACGAUUGGAGUGAGGAGGAUAAGCAAAAGUUGAAAGAUGAAACGGUGCUAUUUCUAAAGAAGCACUUUAAGUAACUACAUUUGAUUGGAUUCGUAAAUUUAUAUUAAUAAUAUCAACUUUGUGUCGUCUAUAAAGUGGAAAUAAUAAGGCUAGUGAAUUUACGUGUGUAUGGUACAUAUUACACUGCAGAUAAUUAAUGAGCCACUACAAUGAACGGGUAAUGUAAAUUUAACUUUAAUCUGGGGUUCAGGUUAAUUCACGUGAAGUCUUAUGAAACAAAUUAACCUGAACCACUUCUAAAAAUGUAUGUAUUAAGGAAAUCGAAACCAAUAUGACCUCAUUCAAGAUCUAUCUAUCAAAUAUUUCAUAUUGUAUUUACGUAUGCAUUUACGUAUGCGUAGAAAAAAAUGUGUGUAAAUCUUAGGAAUUAAAGUUACGACGUAAAAUUAAAUUUAUUAACUCAUUUAACUUUA